AGCACUGCCGAUAAGUCCUAUACUCAUCGGCCCAAACAAGAGAAUGGAAGAAGAACCUGACAGAGAACAGCAUUCCCCAACGGCCGCAGCCGCCGCUCCCUGCCUUCUCUCCAAUGGCGUCCGCGGCGACGCUCGCGGCGGCAACCUCCUCCCUCCUCCGGCGCUCCUCCCCCUUGCUGCUGCGGCGGCCGCACGGGCUCCGGAUCUCGCGCGACGUCGCUCCUCGCAGGAUCGGAGGGAGUAAGAAACAAGAAACGAGGACUCGUAACCUAGAGUUACCAGUACCACGAUCUGUGCGCCACAUUGCUUCAUCAACAAAUGAAGAGUCUGCUGCCAGAGCAGCGGCAGAGACUGCUGAUACUGGAGGACCAACCAUUUUUGACAAGAUCAUUGCAAAACAAAUCCCUUCAAACAUUGUUUACGAGGAUGAGAAAGUGUUGGCAUUUAGAGAUAUUAAUCCACAAGCUCCCGUGCAUGUUCUAGUCAUCCCAAAACUAAGAGAUGGGCUAACUGGACUUGACAAGGCUGAACCAAGGCAUGCUGAAAUUCUGGGUCAGCUUCUUUACGCUGCAAAAGUAGUGGCUGAGAAGGAAGGCGUAGCAGAUGGAUUCCGCGUCGUCAUAAACAAUGGAGAAGAAGGAUGUCAAUCGGUCUAUCAUCUGCACGUGCAUGUACUCGGCGGAAGGCAGAUGAAAUGGCCUCCUGGUUAAAUUUAAGAACAAUGUACGUUUUCUGAUUCUGUAUGAUCAUAGACUACUCUUGAAUUAAUUGUAAUUUGACUGUUUGACAAAGUGGAUGUGCUAUAUGGAUCUUCAUUGGGGAUGCCCAUCCUUUCCUCCAAAAGUUACCUCUGUGCUUUUA